AUGGCAGAUUGGUUUGGUGGGAAGGGUUUGAUGGAAGAUCAAGAUUUUCAAGAGGAAGAUGUGUGGGGUGUUGUGAAAGAAAGAGAGGAGUCAAACCAAAAAGUCAACAACAAACCCCAUAAGAUCAAGAAAAGACCAUCAUCAUCAUCAUCAACAUCAUGGACAUCCCAUGAUGGUGCAAGGAUCAUACCUAGGUGUAGUGAAGGUAGGGUGACACAUGAGCAACAAAGAUCAUCUGCUCCAAUGGGUAUCCCUGAUAGGGACAAGAAUGAUGGAUGUUAUGAUGAUGGCCAUGGUGAUGAUGAUGAUGAUGAUGGUAUGAUGGUGCCACCACAUGAAUACAUUGCAAGAAGACUAGCUAGGAGUCACAUUACUUCUUCUAUGUGUGAAGGUGUUGGGAGGACACUCAAAGGAAGAGACCUUAGCAAAUUGAGGAAUGCCAUUUUGACCAAAACUGGUUUCUUAGAAUAG